ACUUCCAGGCAUCCAGGGAAUCCAUUCCAGCCCCUCCCAGGGAAGAAUUCCUUCCCAGUAUCCCAUCUACAUCUCUCCUCUUUCAGCACAAAGCCAUUCCCGCUUUUCCAGCUCAUGCACAAAUCCCAGAGAUUUUAUUGUGACUUCUGUUUUUAUCUUUUUUUCCUUUCUCCAGCUUCAAAAGAUGCUGAAAACUCCCAAAGAAAAAUUCUUUCCAUGUGAUCCCAGCAUUUUCCCUCUUGGCUGGGACUCUGGAUGUGGUUUUGGGUUCAGUGGUGGAGUUUUUUUCAUCCUUUAUUUUUAUUUUUUUUAUCCCAAUUUUUUUUUUCACUUUUUAUUUCCAUCCCUGGGAGAGGCCCUGCAGAAUUCCAGACUGGUAGCGAAUCCCGAGGAAACCGGAGCGGGACAAAGGCGCAGGAGCCCGGCACAAGUUGGUGCAAGCAAAGAAAACCAGGGAAUAAAAAAAAUUCCUUUUUCCAAAGUUUCCUAAGGAUCCUUCCUGACUUUCCGUGUUUCUCUUGGAUCCCAGCACGGAAGCUGCAGCCUGCCCGGAGAACGGCAGCUGGGGAAGAGCUGGGCAAGGAAAAUCCAGGGAUUCUGAGGGUCGAGCUGCUCCCGAGGAUGAGCGCCGUGAUCCUGCUGCUCCUGCUUUCCGCCGGGAAUGCCGGAUCCCAGCCGGACAAGGCUGUGCCCAGGCGGCGCCUCUCGUGCGUCAGGUGCUGCGGGCCCUCGGAGCAGCCCGUGUCCAUCUUCUCCCAAAGGUCCGCCAGGAUGAGCGGUGAUCCCCAAUAUUCCCUGCCCAAAAUCCAGCCCACCAUCGACAUCACCAUCCUCAAAGGCGAGAAGGGCGAGAUGGGCGAGCGGGGAUUCCCCGGAGCAGCCGGGAAGGCGGGAGAGCGAGGAUCCCGCGGCCUGAGCGGCCGGAAGGGCCAGAAGGGCCAGCCCGGCCCCCAGGGCCACUCCUGCAAGCAGCUCUUCGCCGCCUUCUCCGUGGGCCGCCGCAAGCCCCUGCACAGCUCCGACUACUUCCAGCACGUCACCUUCGACACGGAAUUCGUCAACCUCUACCAGCACUUCAACAUGUUCUCCGGGAAGUUCUUCUGCUACGUUCCGGGGGUUUACUACUUCAGCCUCAACGUGCACACCUGGAACUUCAAGGAGACCUACGUGCACCUGAUGAGGAACGAGCAGGCCGUGGCCAUCCUGUACGCCCAGCCCAGCGACAGGAGCAUCAUGCAGAGCCAGAGCCUGAUGCUGGAUCUGCAGGAAGGGGAUGAGGUUUGGAUCCGGAUGUUCAAGAGGGAGCGGGAAAACGCCAUUUACAGCGAGGAGUCGGAUGUUUACGUCAUCUUCAACGGGCACCUGAUCAAACCCGCCCUGGAGUAGGAGCUCCUCGGCUUCAGGGGGAAGCUUUGGCUCAUCCAGCGGUGUCUUCCCUCUGGAAUUCCCUUUGGAAUGGUUGUAGCCCUGGAAGAGCUGGCUUUCCACAGCUGCGUGGAUCCAAGCCACACAAGAAUUCCAGAAGGUUCCCGUCUCCCUUUGUGGCUCCUCAGGAACAUCCCUGGAGUUUGUCCGAUUGACAGCAAAAAUGUUCCCUUCUUUCUCUGCAUCUCCCGUUCCAUUUGGAAUAUUUGUAGCCCUUGGAGUUGUGUUUUUCCCAUUCAUUAUGGAUGGAGGGGACUGUCCCAACUGCACAAGAAUUCCAGAAGUUUUCCAGCUCUCCGUGCAGCCCCUCAGGAACAUCCCUGAAGAGUUGCCAGCUUGGCUGCAAAACUUCCCCUUCUUCCUCCGGAUCCCUCAUUCCAUUUGGAAUAUCCGUAGCCCUUGGAAGGGUGGUUCUCCACCCCUGUGUGGAUGAAGGUGACUGUUCCACCUCCACAAGAAUUCCAGAAGGUUCCCAGAUCCCUGCAAAGACCCUCAGGAACAUCCUGGGAGAUUCUGCCAUGUUGACAGCAAAAAUUUCGCUUUGCUCUGCGUCUCCUGUCCCAUUUGGAAUAUUUGAAGGGUGGUUUUCCCCCAUCCCAUGGAGGGAACUGUUCCACCUGCACAAGAAUUCCAGAAGAUUCCCAGCUCCCUGUAAAGACCCUCAGGAACAUCCCCAAAAAUUUGCCAAGUUGGCGGCAAAAUUUCCCUCCUUUGCUGUGCUUGUGAAAAGGAAUUACAAUAAUUAGGAUAUAAUUAUGAUAAAAUAAUUAUCCCUAAGGACCAGAGUGGUUAUCCAGGUGCUAAUUAAGGAAUUUCAUCAUUCCCGCAAAAAUCUCGGCUAAUUAGAGCCCCCUCCCCCUCAGCAGCACCAACGUGGCUCCUCUCAGGCAGGAAUUUUGGCAUUAAAAUCAGAAUUUUGCAUGGGAAUUAAUCCCAAAUUCCAGUUUGGUUCCAUUCCCUGUCAAAUUCCAUGAUUCCAGCAGAAUGGUGGAAUUAGAGAAAUGACAGCACACGGAUUCGGGAAAGCUUUUCCAGGGAAACAGAACUCGGUUCCACCACAAGCUCCAGAGAAAAACUCCCCAUUAGAACAUCCAACCCGGCUGGGAAUUGGAACAAAACGGUGGGAAUUUGGGAUUUUCCAAGCUGGGAUUUCAGGCUGUGCUCCCCUCUGGACAUUCCCAUUUUGGAGCACCAUCAUUUCUGGAAAAUGGAAAAAAGAACUGGAAAGGAAAAGGAUUUUUUUUUUAUUAUUAUUUUUAUUUUUAAGGAUUUGGGAUUUUUUUCCUCCAGGAAUUACCAUCAUGGAGCACCAUCAUUUCCGGAAAAUGAAGGAAAAACUGGAAAGGAAAAGGAGCUUUUCAUCAAGCAGUGAUUUUUAGGGAUUUGGGGCUUUUUCUCCUAAAAAAAUCAUGGAUAGAACCAUGGUGCGUGCAGCAAAACUCCAUCAUUUUAUCCCAUUCCUUCUUUUCCUUUUUCCCAGUCUCUUCUUUGCUUCCCAAACCUUUUGUACAAAGAAUCCAGGGAAAUUCUUGCCAGGAAAACCUUUCCAUGGAUCUCACCUCCCCCAGCUUUGGGAAAAGUAGAUGAAAUAAAGAUUUUGCUUUCAGUA